GGACUCUUUUGAAAAAUCCUCCUCUCUCUCUCCUGGGGCGCACAUGUGUCCGUACACGGGCACAGACCUCUCGCUUUUGAAGAAAGCAAAUGCAACUCACAAGAACCAUACGAAAAUCUCAAUAUUUGGGAAAGCUCCGACCAAAUUUCCAUCAAUGCCGUUCAUUUGUCGUCUGUUCAGCUGAACCAUCGGGUUUACGCGAUGCACGUAACCUGUUCGAUAAAAUUCAUGACCGAAACCAGGAAAGGUAUACAAGCUUGCUCUUUGAGUGCUCGCGUGAUGGAAGAACUCGGGAAGCGACCGAUCUCUUCUUGGGUAUUCAUCGUUCUGGAUUGGCCAUGUCAUCUUCCAUCUUCUCAUCCGUGGUGAAGGUCUGUGUUUGUUUGUGCGAUGAGAUUCUCGGCAGACAGUUGCACUGUCAAUGUGUAAAGUUUGGCUUUUUGGACGAUGUGAGUGUCGGGACGUCCCUAGUUGAUAUGUACAUGAAAUCAUUUAAUGUUAAGGAUGGAAGGGAUGUGUUUGAUGAGAUGAAGGAGAGGAAUGUUGUUUCUUGGACAACAUUGAUUAGUGGGUACGUGAGAAAUGGGUUGAACGAGAAAGUGUUGGAAUUGUUCAUCAGAAUGCAGCAGGAAGGGAUUUGGCCGAACCCUUUCACGUUUGCAGCUGUUCUUGGAGUUUUGGGUGCAGAAGGGAUGGUUGAGAGGGGAGUUCAAGUACACUGUGUAGUCAUAAAGAACGGUUUCGAUAGAGCGACUCCUGUGUCUAAUUCUUUGAUCAAUUUGUAUCUGAAGUUCGGGAUGGUCAGGAAAGCUCGAAUUAUGUUCGAUAAGACAUAUGUGAAGAGUGUAGUCACCUGGAAUAGUAUGAUUUCGGGAUAUGCAGCCAUCGGGCUCGAUAUAGAAGCGUUCAGAAUCUUGUACUUGAUGAGACUUAAUGGUGUGUGCUUAUCUGAAUCAAGUUUUGCCUCCAUUUUUAAGUUGUGUGCUAAGUUCAAGGAGCUGAGGUUUACUCAGCAACUCCAGUGCAGUGUUUUGAAGUCUGGGUUUUUGUCCGAUCAAAAUAUAACAACAGCUAUAACGUUAGCUUAUAGCAAGUGCGGUGAAAUGGACCAUGCUUUCAAGUUGUUCCAGCAGAUGCAAGGACUUGGGACCGUUGUCUCAUGGACAGCUAUGAUCACUGGCUUCUUGCAAAAUGAAGGAAAAGAACGAGCUGUCGGUCUGUUUCAGGAAAUGAACAGGAAAGGCGUUAGACCAAAUGAAUUCACUUACUCUGUGAUCAUCACAGCUAUGCCCGUCAUUUCGCCUUCCCAGGUUCAUGCACAGGCUGUGAAAACCAAUUACGAGAAAUCUUCCACAGUUGGAACAGCUCUUUUGGAUGCUUAUAUCAAAUUAGGUAAGAUUGAAGAGGCUGCCAGAGUUUUCGACCUAAUAGAUGAGAAAGAUAUCGUGGCUUGGUCAGCGAUGCUUGCCGGGUAUGCCCACACUGGAGAUACAGAGGGAGGCAUAAAGGUUUUUGCCGAGUUAACAAAGAAAGGGGUAAAACCAAACGAGUACACAUUCUCUAGUGUCCUAAAUGUAUGUGCAGCUCCUACAGCAUCUGUAGGACAGGGGAAGCAAUUUCAUGCCUUUGCUAUAAAAUCAAGAUUCAAUGAGGCAUUAUGUGUAAGCAGUGCACUUGUCACCAUGUAUGCGAAGAAAGGUAACAUUGAGAGUGCAGACCAAGUGUUCAAAAGGCAACGAGAAAGAGAUUUAGUCUCAUGGAACUCGAUGAUAUCUGGUUAUGCACAACAUGGGCAUGCUAAGAAAGCUCUCGAUGUUUUCACAGAGAUGAAGAGGCGAAAUGUGGAAAUGGAUGGUGUAACAUUCAUAGGCGUAUUUGCCGCUUGUACACACUCGGGUUUAGUCGAAGAAGGUGAAAGAUACUUCGGUAUAAUGGUGAAGGAGUACAAGAUUGUUCCAACAAUGGAGCAUUAUAGUUGCAUGGUUGAUCUAUCCAGCCGAGCUGGAUUUCUCGACAAGGCGAUGAAGGUUAUAGAUGAUAUGCCUUACCCGGCUGGUGCAACUAUCUGGAGGACAAUUCUAGCCGCUUGCCGUGUACACAAAAGGAUCGAACUUGGAAAAUUAGCUGCAGAGAAGAUCAUCAACCUGAAACCAGAGGAUUCAGCUGCAUAUGUGUUGCUAUCCAACAUGUAUGCUGCCUCGGGAGAUUGGCAAGAAGGAGCUAAAGUUAGAAAGCUGAUGAACGAGCGGAACGUGAAGAAAGAAGCCGGGAUAAGUUGGAUCGAGGUCAAGAACAAGACCUACUCGUUUCUGGCAGGGGAUCGAUCCCAUCCUUUAAAAGAACAAAUCUAUAUGAAACUCCGAGAAUUGGGUACUCGGCUAAAGGACCUCGGGUAUAGGCCGGAUACAGAUUUCGUGCUUCAGGACAUCGACGAUGAGCACAAAGAAGCGGUUCUUUCUCAGCACAGUGAGAGGUUAGCCAUUGCUUUCGGGUUGAUAGCUACACCGCCGGGAAACCCUCUUCAGGUGGUGAAGAACCUUAGGGUUUGUGGAGAUUGUCAUACAGUCAUCAAAUUGAUUGCAAAGAUGGAAGGAAGAGAGAUUGUGGUAAGAGAUACAAACAGGUUUCAUCACUUCAAAGAUGGGGUUUGCUCUUGUGGAGACUAUUGGUGACAAAAGUCUCAAACUUUCUGAUUCAGGACACAAAUCAAAGGCCAUAUCCAAUGGAUUUUGGGA